UCAGCCUCUAUUUGUUCUUGGACCUGUAAUGUGCAAAAUUAAUGGCUUCACUCAAAUGACCUGUUUGACUAGUAGUGUACUUACACUUACGGCAAUUUCUUGUGAUCGUUUCGUCGCUAUCCUUUUUCCGUUUCGAGCCCGAAUUACUAAGCAACGGACAGGAGUUGUUAUAACAGUAAUAUGGUUGGUCGCUUUGGCAGUAGCCACUCCGUUUUUAGUGUAUAGGGAAUACUUUCAGAUUCAGUGGAAGGACUUUUCUCAGGCGCAUUGCGACGAAAGUUGGCCCCCUUCCAUGGAUUACGAUGAAAGUCUCCAGAAGUGUGUAACAACCUACCCUUCGAAGCAGUUGUAUUACACCUUUGUUGCAGUAAUUCUGUUUUUCCUCCCUGUAGCCAUUAUGACAACUGCCUAUUUCCUGAUUAUCUGGAGGCUCUGGGUAUCUGAAGUACCCGGCGAAAGAAACCCAGUCAAUGUCGAAGUACAGCACCGAUCUAAAAAAAGGGUCAUCAAACUGGUUUGUAUAGUGCUGAUAGCUUUCGUCGCUUGUUGGCUACCUCUACAAGUUAUCAUCCUGUAUUCUCAGUUCGUACACUCAAGUACUGAAAUUGGAGAGCUUCCGGAAUGGUUUUCUGCGGUUUCUUACUACGCCAAUUUCUUUGCCUACUUCAAUAGUGCUCUAAAUCCAAUAAUAUAUGGAGGUUUCAACAGUAACUUCCGGAAAAGUUUUUAUGUGGUGGUGAAGUGUGGAUAUCAGGACUCACAUUCUCAUAGAUGCCAGCAACCGAUUUCAGCUACUAAGCAAAGAGGCUGCUUUGCAACAAAUUGGCUAAACCAUUUCGUAGUACACAAGUUGGCUCUCCUAGGCUUGUCAAGUAGUUGUGCUGAUCACUAUGAAUGCUUGAGUCUUCAGUUUAAGAGACUCUCAGCGUUUUGGGUUCAAUAUUUGACUCACUGCUUAGAGAACCAGAACAAAUGUCACCAAGGAAAUUACAAAAAAUCCAGGGCUACUCUUACGUCAACAGCUUCGUCUACGUUAUCAAGUAGAAAGUGGUUUGAGUACAGAAAGAAUCAAACAAGCAGGUACAAGGCAAGUUUGGACAAUGAACAGAAAAAUAUUGAAAGCCAGAACUUAGCAACUUUCAGUAGUACUGUGUGUUUGUCGAAAGGAGGAAACUCGACAGGAGGAAAUGACAGCUUGAGAAGUGAAUUCUUAAAGAGCACCUUGAAAAAUAAAUUGGAAAACAGAGUGUGA